GCGCCCCGGCCCCAACUGAGGGCCUGACAGCCCCCAGGCAGGGCGGCGCCACGGCGGGCACCGCGCUCCCCUCCACUGGAUCACUUCCCCCAGCUGGGGCAACUUCUCCCGAGGCGGGAGGCGCUUUUUACUCGGCUCCCUAAUAUCCCAGUUGGGCAAACUUCUCGGCCCUGAAUGACUUUUCCUGAAGCGGACAUUUUCCUCAAAUCGGGAGAGUGUGCUGGGCAGACGAUGCUGGACACGAUGGAGGCGCCGGGCCACUCGAGGCAGCUGCUGCUGCAGCUCAACAACCAGCGCACCAAGGGCUUCUUGUGCGACGUGAUCAUCGUGGUGCAGAACGCCCUCUUCCGCGCGCACAAGAACGUGCUGGCGGCCAGCAGCGCCUACCUCAAGUCCCUGGUGGUGCAUGACAACCUGCUCAACCUGGACCAUGACAUGGUGAGCCCGGCGGUGUUCCGUCUGGUGCUGGACUUCAUCUACACCGGCCGCCUGGCUGAUGGCGCAGAGGCAGCGGCGGCAGCGGCCGUGGCCCCGGGGGCUGAGCCGAGCCUGGGCGCCGUGCUGGCCGCCGCCAGCUACCUGCAGAUCCCCGACCUCGUGGCGUUGUAAAAGCGCCUCAAGCGCCACGGCAAGUACUGCCAUCUGCGGGGCGGCGGGGGCGGCGGCGGCGGUUAUGCACCCUACGGGAGGCGCCGUGGCCUUCGGGCCGCCACGCCCGUCAUCCAGGCCUGCUACUCGUCCCCAGCCGGCCUCCGCCUCCACCCGCCCUCCGAUCCUCCUUUCGUCCCUAUGCCUGCAUUGAACACUCACUGUCUCAUUCUUACGCCUCUGUUCCCCUGCCCUUCCUCUCUCUCUUCUCUCCUUAUCUCCUCUUCUCCCCUCUCUUCUUCCUUCCUUCCAAAAAGCCCGCCGGGCUCCGCGCCUCCAGAGCGGCCGCCGGGCGAGCGCGAACUGCCCCCCGCGCCCAGACAGUCCUCCCAGCGCCGGCCCCCAGCCUACAAAGAGCCACCGCUCGCCCUGCCACCGCUGCCGCCGCUGCCCUUCCAGAAGCUGGAGGAGGCUGUACCGCCUCCGGACCCGUUCCGUGGCGCGGCGGCAGCCCGGGACCCGAGCCCCCGGCCGCCCCGACGGACCCAGCCUUCCUAUCGCUGGAUGAAGCACGAGCCAGGCCUGGGCAGCUACGGCGACGAGCUGGGCCGGGAGCGCGGCUCCCCCAGCGAGCGCUGCGAGGAGCGCGGGGACCCGGCCGCUUCGCCCGGGGUACCCCCACUGGGCCUGGCGCCGCCGCGCUACCAGGCAGCUUUGGACGGGCCAGGCGCGGGCGGCGACGGCGACGACUACAAGAGCAGCAGCGAGGAGACGGGCAGCAGCGAGGACCCCAGCCCGCCCGGCGGCCACCUCGAGGGCUACCCAUGCCCGCACCUGGCCUAUGGCGAGCCUGAGAGCUUCGGUGACAACCUGUACGUGUGCAUUCCGUGCGGCAAGGGCUUCCCCAGCUCGGAGCAGCUGAAUGCGCACGUGGAAGCUCACGUGGAGGAGGAGGAAGCGCUGUACGGCAGGGCCGAGGCGGCUGAGGUAGCGGCGGGGGCCGCCGGCUUGGGGCCCCCUUUUGGAGGCAGUGGGGACAAGGUCGCUGGGGCUCCGGGCGGCCUGGGCGAGCUGCUGCGGCCUUACCGCUGCGCGUCGUGCGACAAGAGCUACAAGGACCCGGCCACGCUGCGACAGCACGAGAAGACGCACUGGCUGACCCGGCCCUAUCCGUGCACUAUCUGCGGGAAGAAGUUCACGCAGCGCGGGACCAUGACGCGCCACAUGCGCAGCCACCUGGGCCUCAAACCCUUCGCGUGCGACGCGUGCGGCAUGCGCUUCACGCGCCAGUACCGCCUGACAGAGCACAUGCGCAUCCACUCGGGCGAGAAGCCCUACGAGUGCCAGGUGUGCGGCGGCAAGUUCGCACAGCAACGCAACCUCAUCAGCCACAUGAAAAUGCACGCCGUGGGUGGCGCGGCAGGCGCAGCCGGGGCGCUGGCGGGUCUGGGGGGGCUACCCGGCGUCCCCGGCCCCGACGGCAAGGGCAAGCUCGACUUUCCCGAGGGCGUCUUUGCUGUGGCCCGCCUCACGGCCGAACAGCUGAGCCUGAACCAGGACAAGGCAGCCGCGGCCGAGCUGCUGGCGCAGACCACGCACUUCCUGCACGACCCCAAGGUGGCGCUGGAGAGCCUCUACCUGGCUAAGUUCACCGCGGAGCUGGGCCUCAGCCCCGACAAGGCGGCCGAGGUGCUGAGCCAGGGAGCGCACCUGGCCGCCGGACCCGACGGCCGGACCAUCGACCGUUUUUCCCCGACCUAGAGCGCCUCAUGCCGGCCCGACUUGCCGCCGCCGCGUGGCCCCGGCCCGUGGCCCCAGGGAGCGGCGGCGGCAGCCGCGAGCAGGCACACCGCGCCGGACAACUGUAGUAGCAGCGGCAGCGUCGCCGCGGUGGCGGCGGCCCCACCUGGCCUCACUGCUUUGUGCCUUAGCCCGGGGGUUGGGG